AUGAGGAGCGGCCGGCGGAUGGCGGCGCUGGUGUGGUCGUCGCUGGCGCUCGCCGCGGCGGCGCAGAACUACAAUGCCAUCUUCAACUUCGGCGACUCCAUCACCGACACCGGGAACCUCUGCACCAACGGGAGGCCGUCGUCGAUCACCUUCACGCAGCCGCCCUACGGCGAGACCUACUUCGGCACGCCGACGUGCCGCUGCUGCGACGGCCGCGUCAUCCCGGACUUCCUCAGCUCCAAGUUCGGGCUGCCGUUCCUGCCGCCGUCCAAGUCGACGACGGCCGACUUCAAAAAGGGCGCCAACAUGGCCAUCACCGGCGCCACGGCCAUGGACGCGCCCUUCUUCAGCUCCCUCGGGCUCUCCGACAAGAUCUGGAACAACGGGCCCAUCAGCUUCCAGCUGCAGUGGUUCCAGCAGGUCUCCUCCGCCGUCUGCGGGAACGACUGCAAGAGCUACCUGGGCAACUCCCUGUUCGUGUUCGGCGAGUUCGGCGGCAACGACUACAACGCGAUGCUGUUCGGCAACUACAACGCGGACCAGGCCAGCACGUACACGCCGCAGAUCGUGAGCACCAUCGCCAACGGCGUGGAGAAGCUGAUCGCGAUGGGCGCCACGGACAUCGUGGUGCCGGGCGUGCUCCCCAUCGGCUGCUUCCCCAUCUACCUCACCAUCUACGGCACCUCCAACAGCGGCGACUACGACAGCCUCGGCUGCCUCAAGAAGUUCAACGACCUGUCCACGAACCACAACAACCAGCUGCAGAGCCAGAUCUCCAGCCUCCAGGCCAAGUACAAGUCGGCGCGCAUCAUGUACGCCGACUUCUACUCCGCCGUCUACGACAUGGUCAAGAACCCCGGCAGCUACGGGUUCAGCACGGUGUUCCAGACGUGCUGCGGGUCGGGCGGCGGCAAGUACAACUACCAGAACAGCGCGCGGUGCGGCAUGUCGGGCGCCUCCGCGUGCUCCAACCCGGCGGCGCACCUCAGCUGGGACGGCAUCCACCUCACCGAGGCCGCCUACAAGCAGAUCACCGACGGCUGGCUCAACGGGCCCUACUGCCGCCCGGCCAUCCUCCACAGCUAA